CAGUAGUAUUUGGUUUUCUCUUUCUUGGUUCAAUAUCUAAUUCACUUUUUCUUUUUUAGCUUCUUGUUCAUUGGAUACAAUGUGAUUUCUCUUUCUUGGCUGUCUCUUUCUUGCGAUUUGUUUUGUUAUUCAAUCUGGGAUUGCUUUUAUAUUUCAAAUAUUUAAUCCAAUUAUGUAGAUCUAUAGAUGUUCAUAUUGUCUACACCUUACUCUUUCCAAAAAACAAGCCCCAUAUUUUCUUAAUUUUCAGGGAUCUAAUUUCUAUGGUUUUUAUUAGUUAUUUAUUUUAUUUUUGUGAAGUUUCAUCUAUUUUAUCAUAUGUUUUCCAAAAGUGAUUUCAAAAGAAAAGAGUACGAGUAGAAGCAAAAAAAGUUCAAGAACUAAAUAUUUGGUUUCUUCUUCUAAUUUUUUAAUGAGCCUACAGAUGUGUAGCGUUUGGUAUUGACCCUGCAAAUGUAAUUAAAAGCCCCAAGUAGUAUUAAUGUUGCUCCACUACUAAUGGGAAUUAAUGUUUCUGUGGGCAUUAUUUAAUUUAAUUAAUGUUAAUGUGGGCAUUAUUUAAUUUAUAGUCAUUUAUUAUAGUUUAUUAUUGAUUUAGAAAUUAUAAGGGCAUGUUCUGUUUUUCUUUUUUGUUUGUCUUUUGCCUUGCAAUUGUUAAAUCAUUCAUUCAUUUUGCUGCCUUUCACUUUGAGAGAGAAAAGGAGAUGCCACUGAAUUACAAACUUUAGCAGUCGAAAAUCUAGAAAUUAGACAACUUGAAAUGUAUGACUUUCCAUUCCCAAAGAUUGGAAAUUUGUAGUUGUCAUUUUCAAGAUUUUGGAAUCUUUUAUAAUUUUAUUAGCUGUUCCACGAGUCUCAUCUUCAAUCUUGGGCAUGGUCCCAUGUAGAAUUGGAAUAUGUACAACACCAACAGAGGUGACAUCUGCUCAACUGAUAGCAAGUGAAGUCUUCCCUGCAGUUGUAGUGAAGACCCUUCUCUACCCAAGUGUCAUUGCCAAUGCUAUGAUCAAGAACAAGGCCAUUCCAAGCUAUAACAACCUGCUAAAUAUCCAUGAUUUGAAAAUUGUCAAGGAUUUUCCUGUCACAACUGAUCUCCAACGCCUAGAGGUUCUUGUUGGAAGCUACUUCUCUGUGGCGGGAGCGAUUCUAGGGCUGGUAAGAUCUGGAAGGAUGAGCCUGUUUGGGAUACUUCUCAUCAUAUGGGGCCUUGCAAAGGAAGUAUUUCUUGGAAAAUAUGCAACCAGAGUUGACACCAAAGCUGUCCAUAUCUACCCAACAAUGACCAUUGCUGUAGUUUCUGCCUUCUUUUCUAUAACAAGGGAUGUGAGAACGAUAAUCCGGUGUUUUAAGGCUAAGCGAAUUCCUAAACCGCUGAGGAAGUGCACAAAAGUAAAACAUAAAUGAGUUCAGGCGGUUGAAAAAUACAACUUUGUUUCAAAUCUGUUACUUAUUUCUUUUCUUUGUUGCUUCCCAUAUUUCUCAGGAUUUGAACAAUUUUGUAGUAUAGAAGAAGUUGAAAUAUUGCACUCAAAAACUUUUGUAUAUUGCAAAAUAGGCAGUAUAUGACAUUGUUUGUGUGUUGUUAAAA